AGCUUGUUAGAGGCCUACUAGCUAGAGUGCUAUACCUAUUCAACUGGCCUUCAUGUUUUUUUGUAUUCAAAAUCCAUGUUUGAUCGUUCAAGCAUUUCAGUACAAGACGGACAGCUAUUACGUUUUAUGUGCUAUUUGUGAAAAGUCGGAAUACUAGACAUUUAAACAUGCUUACUGUAUUUAUCUAAAAUGGAAGUACGAGCACGUCUCAAAAAUACGUUAAAUUCUAAAUAUAUAUAUUUUUAUUUUGCUUCAGAGGGUGGAAUUUUUGCAUUCUUUAGAUUUAACUUGACAGUAUCUACGACCAUAAAUGGUUAUUAAUGGCAGUCCAAUUUUAAGCGGAAAUUGUCAUGAUUAUACUUCCGCCGCAGGAGAAGCUAAUGGCUGCUAGCAACUUGGAAACGACGAUCGAAGCUGCCCAGCUACUGCCGAUACUAAAAGCUUUGCUUUGACAUCAAGGCAUUGUACCUCUUCUACUGCUCAAAGAUCCCCCCAGCCAGUCCUCUUUUCAGAGGUCAUCCCGAGAACAUCUCCCUGAUCGGCCGACAGGCUGCCUUCUGGAGGUUGGUUUGGCUCCAAGACAACCCCAGCAGGCUUUGCCCCACAUACCUACAACCACUUUUUGCUGUGGACAUAAGUGUUCUUGGCUUGCAAACACCAUGUCUAAUCCCCCGUAUAACCCAUAUGGGAACCAAAGAAGACCAACAGGGGGAGACUUCCAACAGGUCUCUUCUGUACUGGGGACUGCAUCCAGUCUCGGCUCUCCUGCUGGUCCAUUGCAGACUUCUGACAAGACUUUUCCAGUACAAGUGCCCAACUAUCGGCCAAUGGAAAGACCCAGUUUUAAUGAAGAUCUGCAGUGGUCCGUCGGCACACAUGAUAGCAGAGCCAGAGAAGAGGUGAGGCUUCAAGGUAAAGCAAUACACCAGCCAUCAGCUCAAGAAACUCGCAGACAAGAGUUAAUUUCAGCGAUUGGAAGGACAAGCUCCUACCAAAACCUCAGCAGAAGUUCUGGCAACGAAAGCAGCAACAGUGUCGGUUCCUUAAACUAUUUGUCCAGCUACAGCCGAGCCACAGCUGACAAAGCCUCUGUUCAUUGUCCAUCAUCAACUCUUGCUGGCUACUCUGUGUUCAAUGUAUCCAGUGAGGGUCAACGAGACUUUCACUCUAUUCCAGGUUUAGAUAUCGACAGGCCAAACAUGGCCCAAACUGGCGCCUCUUAUGAGCGCACUAAGCCUAAAUAUACAUAUGAGUCAGCGACCAACAUUCUUUUGCAGUUUGGACUUGAAAAGGAGGACUUGGAACAUCUUAUCGCCUACUCAGAAGACCAAAUCACCCCCGCCAAUUUACCGUUCAUCCUGCGCCAAAUCCGGAUUCAGAAGAACAAAAAGGCCUCUGAUGCAGAUCGGCCCAAAGCAAUCCCUGAACCUGCGCUCACUGGUGGCUUAGGCGGUCUGACCAGUUGGGGUGGUUCAGGAAUGAUUGGGUUGGACCAUGGGGAUGCAGCAUCUCCUCUUCUCCAGACGAGUAAAGUCAUUGACUACGGUCAUACACACAAAUACAGUUGCAGGAUUGGGGAGAAUGCUGCGAGUGUAGCUAAAGGAGCUGAGGACGACACUUUGUUGAUGAAUCACAAUUUGGAUAAAGGCACUCGCACUCAAGAGCCGGCACAGCAGGUUGGAAAAAGUGCUUGCCAGGUCCAGGCAAGUGUGAGAUCAUCUUUGAGCUCCACACUGACUCAAAAAAGUAAUAUUGCAGUGAUAGCAACACAGACCCAACCAAUGCAGACUCAAAAAUCCAUGUUCACAACUUUCUCUAAAGACAAUGGCGUGCGAGAUAAUCCAUCUCUAGCCCCGAAAGCCAGGCCUCUUAUAGAGGCGGUGGCUGACCUCAAGACUACCAUAAAACCACAACCGCUAGCCACUCAGUUUCGUGAUGUCCAUCCUAGCAGACCUGUCCUCUCUUUAGAUACUGCCAGUUGCACCAGUGAGCAGCCUAAAAGUCAAGGUGUAGCUGGUGCAAAGCAGUUCAAAAACAUUAAAACCGAGCAGCAACAGCAGAAGAAGAAUUUGGAAAAAGCACAGCCAACAAAAAAAGACAAUAAGCAGCAACCAGUGCUCCAGAAGCAGCAGGUUCUCAAAGACCAGGCCAAGCAGAAAUUCACGCAGCUACCAUUUCUGUUAAGAAAGCAGAUGUGUAUGCCAACUUCCAUGGCAAAGUCGCUACUUCUUUCCAUGCCGCCUGCGUUACACAUUCCCAGCCUCAGCAUGGCCACGCAGCCUGUGUUCCCCGCGGGUCAAAGCGCUAGCAGCAAACCUCACCCCCAGGCUUCCCCAGCGCAGACUGUGGUCUCAAAAGGCGGACCGACGACAUCGAUGGUGCAAGACUAUAGUGCGAUAACGCCCAGCGUGUUUCCGCACACGUGUGUUCUGUGUUACAAAGAGUGUGCACUCAUUGAGGAUUGGAUCGCUCACCAAAAUACAACCCUUCACCUUGAGAACUGCAAAGUCUUUCGAAAGCAGUUUCCAAAUUGGGAUGGAGAUUUGCUUAGUGUCUCUGAAAAAGGGCAGAAUACGUCCACAUCACAGUCUCACCAUAAGAAAAGCCAGCGUAGGAGUCGCUCAUCUUCCUGUUCUCGCAGUCCUCGGCAUCGUCGCAGUUCGAACAACCGAAGAGACAGGAGGAGUGACUCCCGUUCGCGUUACAACUCCAGAUGCAGUCACAGGUCUCGUUCACGCUCGAGAAGCUAUGAGAGGCACCACUCUCUGCCCAGAAGUCAGGAACGGCACUCAUCCUCACCGGAGAAGAGGAGCAACAAACUCUCGUCUUCCCGUAGAAGCCGGGAUCGGUACUCAUCGCUGAGAAGCCGCGAGAGGCGGUCGUCGACGCCAACCCAACGCAAUAAACGAUCGUCAUCCAAAAGAUACCGUGAUAGGCGAUCCCCAUCGCACAGCCGGCGAAGCAAACGGUCGUCAUCUAAAAUAGGUCGUGAGAGGCCAUCUUCAUCGCAAAGCCCGCGCAAUAAACGCUCAUCACCCAAGAGAAGCCGCAAGAGGCGAUCCUCAUCGCAGAGCCAGGGAAGCAACAGCUCGUCAUCAUCAAGAAGUCGUGAGAGGCAAUCCUCGUCGCCGGGCCAACGCAAUAAACGCUCAUCAACCUAUAGAAGCGACAAGAGACGUUCUUCCCCCAGAAGGAACCAUGAAGCUAACGCAGAGAGUUUUGCUGAAAAACUUCUGGAAUCAUCAGCUGUCCAGUCUUUGUCAAAGCAAUCCGACAUGGAAGCUGUGGUUAAAACUCUUGCCCCGGCCUUGUUGGCUGAACUGGCAAAAAUGAAGUCACCCCUUUCCAAAGGACGUACCUCCUCUUCACAGUCCACUGCAGCCGCAAAGAAAUCUGGUGCCUGCUCCUCAGAAGCAGCCAACAAAAAGGGCGCAAAAGCGACAGUCACCAAACAAAAAGAUUCAUCUGCAAAGAAUAAGCCUGGUGAAACCUCUGCUCCAACCUUUGUGACGCUUGAAGGAAUUGUUCCGGAUCUUACUUAUGGUGACAUAGUGGCGGCUGCUGAGCAGUACGGGAAAAUCAAAUCACUUGUUCUCUUUCGCGACAGAUUGCAGGCAGUGGUUUGUUAUGAGAAAAGGGAAGAUGCAGAAAAAUUUCGGGACAUAAAAAACUUUGAACUGGAAGGAUUUCCAAUCACUGUAAUGGAAGAAAAGGGGACUCUCACUAAGAAGAAUCCUCAAAAAAAACUUGACGCCUCAAACAGUGUCUCUACCACUCAGACAUCUAAAUCCGCUAGCACUCCCUCUACAAAACGUGCUGUACUCUCUGCAAAAAGGUUGGUCUCCAAAGCAAAGAAUGUCUCAUGCAAGCAGGUCACCAAGACGGUAAAAGGACCUAAGAAGAAAGAUCCAGUAAAAACAAAGUUAAAAACUACCUUCACUGUUAAGUCAGCUCAAGGGUCAAAGGUUAUUAGAGAAGCACCCAAAUGUGAAACUCUAAAAAGUGUUGCAUCAGGAACUGCCUUAAAAAAAGAGGAGCAGCCAUCGAAAUGUAGAACUGCAGAAAAGCAACUCACUCUUAAGGACUCAUCUGAGCUGAUUGCGAUCAGAGAACAAAACACACAACCAAAAGUGGUCGAUGCGGGACCAGCAAGCGUGACAGAAUCUCAAAGACACCAGACCACACAACCGGAAGCAGCCAUUGCUGGACCAGCAAGUGUUACAGAACCUCCAAGAGAUCAGACCACACAACCGGAAGCAGCCACUGUUGGACUAGCAAGCUUGACCAAACUUCUAAAAGACCAUACCACCAAGGCCGAGACCGCAUCACCAGAAGCAGCUGAUGUUCGACCAACAAGGGGGAAAGAACCUCCAAAAGCGCCAACUACACAACCAGAAAUGGCCAAUGUCGCACGAGCAAGCAUGACAGAACCUCCAAGAGACCACACCGCCAAGGGCGAGCCCAGUCCACCAGAAGCAGGUGAUUUUGGAACGGCAAACUCUGCAUGUUCGCCAGAGCAAGCAGGGGCUCCAAAAUCAGAGUUUCCAGAACCAAUGGUAGUGGACACUUACACAAAGACAGAGCCACAACCUGACAAAAGUGUGAAAAACCAGCAAAGUACCGAGCCCCGAGGGGAAUCAGCAGUUCCACCGGCGGCCCCCAAAAGGGAUUUACUAAUUAAUCGGCAAGGUGAAGCUGAUGGAGACGCAAACCUAACACAAGCACGAGACAAAAAACAAGAACAGAAGCAACAAGCAAAUACAUCCAAGACUCCACCUAAGGCAGCAGUGGUGCAGGAUGUGAUGUCAUCACACAGCGCUGAGGCUGCAGCCACACUCACCAUUGGAGAGAUGAUGGAACAACAUCUGCUUCAAAAAAGAAUCAUAUGCCUCAAAAAGAAAACCUGCUUGUCAGCAAGGUUUCGGUCACUCAACAGGACACAGCUGUUGAUCACGCACCUGCCCAUAUAUGACGGUUCCUACAGUGAGGAAGACAUCGCCCGGUUGUUGGAACCGUUUGGAUUUAAGUAUUCGGACAAGAAAAUCUACGUUAUUCCUGAAACGUGCAUGGCGUUUGUUCAGAUGGAGAACGCAAAGGAUGUUCUGGCUGCUUACGUCGCCAGCAGGAACAAAACAUUUGCACUCGAAGGCUGUAGUAAUAAACUGCAACUACAUGUGUUGGGUACAUAUGUCUCCAUGUUGCCGGAUGGUUUUUACCAAUCGCUGAUGGCUAUAAUGAAUUAUCCUGUGAGUGACUUUACGUCGAGAACCAUCUUCAUCAAGAACAUCUCUCAAAGUGAGACUAUUAGCCUCCGGGAAGAUUUAAGGAAGAUAGGCUUUGUCAAAAACUUUCUGCCUCUCCUUAACAAGCUAUUUGUUGAGUUUGAGUCUGAUUGUGAUGCUGAUCGCUUCGGAGUGUGGUGCUCUUUGCUGAAUCGGUGUCCUGCCUAUGAAGUCUACAGGCUGUGGUGUCCUGAAAUAAAAUGCUCUGCCCCACUACCAAUGCUUCCUGAGAAAGCCAUCCCAGACAGCAGUUUGGCGGUUGCCAGGGCAACGCUUCCUACAUUAGACUUCAGUGUUCCGGAGGGAAGCUACUCUCCAUUCUUGCUGACCAUACCACAGAGACCCUACCUGUUCCCAACAACGUUUUGCUGGUUUAGUAUCCCAGAGUUUCUGACCAUCAAAGAAGAAGCUGACAUUUAUGAGGCCGAGCGUCGAGGUGUGACAGCCCCAACGAUCAUGUUGACAGGUUUUAAUGCAGACUAUAGUUACGAGCAAGUGGCCAAGCUGGUGUGGCCAUAUAUUUCCCAGAAGGACCUUCAGUCUCUGUACUACAACGUGAUCGUGCUGCCAACCCAGAGGAGGAGCUUUGUACAUUUCAGUGAAUGGAGCGCCUGCUGCCGAUUUCUCAACAGUCACUUACAAACGAAAGUGUUGGACCAAACCGAAAAACUCUCUGUGCACUUUGUCCUGUCACCCAUGUGUCCAGAAAGCAGCGAGGAGAACUUGUACAAAAGUCUGAUGCAGCUGAGCAAUGCUCGCAUUGGACAAGUGGAGACGUUGGCCGAGCGCCUGCUUUGUGUGAAUGUCUCCUGGCUCAACGAGUACAUUGUUAAACAAGUAUUAGAUGUUGUCACAUCUCAUGCAGAAGUUGUCAACUUCCUGCCUCUGGAUAAUCGGAUAUGCAUCGAAAUGGCCGACACUACAGGCGUUAAGUGUGUGGAGGAGAAAUCCAAUGAUUUGUCAACAAAAUUGCGGUGUGAAGUUAAAAGCUUUGAGAGUGUAAAUACCUUGAAAAGGCGUCUGAUGGAUCACAGUGUGAUUACAUUGUGCCCUGAGACGGACAGGAAGAAAGUCAGCUUCCAGGCUGCUGUGUGCUCCACGGUUACUGCUGCUCCAAUCGCUGUCCCUAAAAGAACAACAAAGGUGGCACAACAACAAACUAAGGCUAAAGAUGACGUUGGGAAAACAGUGGCCCAGAAGAAAAAGAAAAUUACUGCAAAACUGGAAGAUAGAGCACCGGGAGCCUCGGUGGGUCGUUAUGCUUCUCCCUCCCGUCGAAAAAGUGUCAAUAUAUGGGUGGACUAUACUGAAGACCGCAUUCCUCCUUGGGCAAUGUUUUGUGAACCUUUUAAAAUGGAUGAAUUUGUUACUGUGGAUGAAGUUGCGGAGGAAAAAGCCAAAACAAGUUCUACUGAGGUCUCCUCCAAUCUGAUUUCCAAACAAACCAACACCAGAACCUCAAAAGAGUCAAGGAGUUCUGAAUGCCCCUUAUCCUCCACAAGAACCUCAUCCAAAUGCAAUCCAUCUUCUCAUUCAAUGUCUCAAAAGUCAAAUAGCUCCUUCAAAGCUGAAGAGUUAAAGGCUGAAUCUCAAAAAGAUAGAAUGAUAACUGUCGCAACCAAGGAAAACUUUCAAGUGUUGGACAGCGUGAGUGAUGAAGAGAAACCUUCCUCAGAAGACUGCAGCCUCAAGGAGCUUAAUAUCUCUGGAGAUGGCGCUACUGAGGUCCAAGUAACUCCAGAGCAGCAUCUCAUCAGCCAAUUUGAAAAUGACACAAAACAAAUUUGCAAGGACACUUCUCCACAAGUUGACACACCCAUAAAUAUAGAUGAAGCGAACAAAUAUAUUUUCAUAUCUCCUCUAAAAGACAAAGGAGACGUGCAGAAGACAAACAGGAAAGAUGAUAAAGAGGUGAUAGCAGAAUCCUGUCAAACAAACAAAAACAACAAUGACAAACACCCUCGAGAUACCUCAGGUAGCCUGCUCUGUAAAGAAGACCCUAUGACUUCACUAGAAGAAGAAGAAGCAUUAUACCAGGUGAUUGAUUCUGUGGAAGAGCAGCCAAGUUCCACCAAGAAUAAGGCAGACAGUGAGCGUGGGGUGACUUCUUCAAGCAGAGCAUCCAAGAGAGAACAUGAGUCUUCAAAAACGCAUCAGGCUGAGGUAAAGGACCCCACCACCUCCGAACCUCCUAAAGCUGAGCAGAAGUAUCAGGUUGUUGAUUAUAUCCAAGUUCAACAGUGUAGCAGCAGAUUGACACCCGAUAGGAGGAGGAGGAGCACCCGAGGGAAGACCAAGGUUCCAACCAUAAAGGAUGAGGAGACCACUUUCCACAUCUUAGACUGUGUUGACACUGAGACAGUACAGGAAGAAACCAGCAUCACAACCAGAUCCAGCAGAGGAAAAAGAGGAAGACCACCAACAAAAGAUUCCCCUAGUGGGAAAAGAGGUCAUGAAGAAAUGACACCAACGAGGAAAAGGACAAGAACUUCACAGGAAACCACCAGAAAAGAAACUCCAACCAAGAAAAUUGAGCCUGUCCACAAAGACAAACAGAAGAGUCCCCCAGCUACGAGAGGAAGGGGAAGACCUAAGAAAUCAGUCGAAACCACUAAAAGUGAAGAUGACCGCUUAGACGCUGGUGAUGAAGAAGAAGCCACAUUCACGGUCCUGGACUGUUUGGAAGAUGAGAUGCUCCAUGAUGAAGGUCCAGCCAAAAAAGAUGGUGGUGAUGAUGAUGAGAAAGAGGGUAAAGAUAAGGCUGUGGGAACAUCACAACAUACUAAGUGCACUCAACCACACCACCAGCCAAUACAUUUGUUUCUUUCCUCUUCAGAAGAAAACACAACCUUGUUGACAGUGGAUAAGGUGGGAGAAGUUGAUGACAAAGCAUUCCUACCCAACUGGAGAAGCACAUUGAUCUCUGGUGAGCAUCAUCAGGAUGUCUCCUUAGAAAAGGAGGAACAAGAUGCUUGUGAUGAAGAGGAAGCAGCCACGUUCCAUGUCCGGGAUUCAGUGGAGGAAGAGCCCCAACGUGAUCACAAUAGUCCUAAGAAGGAUGUGACUGACCACCAACAUGAGGAACAGUCAAAUAAGAUCAUGGAUAUAGCUGGAAAAAAACCUUCAGACUCUGAUGAUAAGGAGGACAAAGAAGAAGCUGAAGAAAUAUCCUGCCAUGCAAAACGCACUCGACAACACCACCAGACAAGACAACUUCUUUCUUCCUCUUCGAAAGACAACACAAACUUGGUGACAGAUAAGUUGAGAGAGGUUGAUGACAAAGAAGCGUCUUCGCCCAAAUUGAGAGGCAGAGCCAAAAAAAGUAGACUGACUUCUGGUGAGCAUCAUCAUUAUGCUUCCUUAAAACAGAAGGAAGAAUGUACUGGUGAUGAAGAAGAAGCCACAUUCCAGGUCCUGGAUUCUUUAGAAGAAGAACCGCUCCAUGAUCACAAAAGUUCAAAGGAGGACACUCUUGACAAUCGACAUGAGAAGGAAGGUGCGUGUCGAGUUGUAGAUUGUAUGAAUGAAAAUCCAUCCAAGAAACAGCCUUUAAAUGGUGAUGAUGAUGAUGAUGAGAAAAAGGCCAAAGAUAAAGCUGGGGAAACAUCACAACAUGCUAAACGCACUCGACAAAAACGCCAGACAAGACCCCCUUUUUCUUCCUCUUCUGAAGAUACAAGCUUGGUAAAAUUGGAUAAGGUGGGAGAGGUUGAUGAAGAAGUAUCCCUGACCAACAGGAGAGGCAGAGCCAAAACGAGAAGCAGAAUGAUUUCUGGUGAGCAUCAUCGUGAAAUGUCCUUAGAAAAGAAAAAAACAAUUGCUGGUGAUGAAGAAGAGGCCACAUUCCAGGUCCUGGAUUCUGUGGAGGAAGAGACGCUCCAUGAUCACAAUAGCCCAAAGUCCACUGACAACCCACCUGAGGAAGAGUCCAAUGCUAUGGAUUGUUUGAAUAAAUGUCCUGCUGAAGUAGAGCCUUUAGAUGGUGAUGAAAAGGAGAGUCAAUAUGAAGGUGUGGAAACAUCACAAUGUACUAAGCGCACUCGACAGGGACGCCAGAAAAAGAAAAAAAACUUAGUGACUCAGGACAAUGUGGGAGAGGAUGAACGGGUAGAGCCUGAUGAAGUUUCCAACUGGAGAGACAGAGCCAAGAAAAGGAGCAGACUGACCUCUGGUGAGCAUCAUCAUGAUGCUUCCUUAGAAAAAGAACAAAAUACUUGCAAUGAAGAAGAGGCCACAUUCCAGGUCCUUGAUUCUGUGGAGGACGAGACGCUUCAUGAUCACAAAAGUCCAGAGAAGGAUAUGACUGACAACCAACUUAAGAAGGAAACAACAAAUAAUAUGGAUUCUUUGAAUGACGGUCCAGCUGAAGUAGAGCCUUUAGAUGGUAGUGAGAAGGAGAUUAAAGAUGAAGAUGUGGAAACAUCACAAUGUACUAAGCGCACUCGUCUAGGACGCCAGAAAAAAAACCCAACCUUAGUGACUCAGGACAAGGUGGGAGAGAUUGAACAGGCAGAGGCUGAAGAAGUGCCCAAAUGGAAAGGCAGAGCCAAAAAAAGAAGUAGACCGACCUCUGGUGAGCAUCAUCAUGAUGCCUCCUUAGAAAAGAAAAAACAAAAUGCCGUCAUUGAAGAAGAGGCCACAUUCCAGGUCCUUGAUUCUGUAGAGGAUGAGACGCUUCAUGAUCUCAAUAGUUCAAAGGAGGUUAUGACUGACAACCAACUUGAGGAGUUAGAGACAAGUAAUAUGGAUUCUUUGAAUGAAGGUCCAGCUGAAGUAGAGCCUUUAGAUGGUAAUGAGAAGGAGAUUCAAGAUGAUUUGGAAACCUCACAAUCUACUAAGCACAUUCGACAAGGACGCCAGAAAAGACACACAAGCUUAGUGACAAAGGACAAGGUAAGAGAGGUUGAACAGGCAGAGCCUGAAGAAGUUCCCCCGCAUAACUGGAAAGGUAGAGCCAAAAAAAACAGACAGACUUCUUGUGAGCAUUAUCAUGAUGUCUCUUUAGAAAAGCAGGAACAAGAUGCUGGUAAUGAAGAAGAGGCCACAUUCCAGGUCUUUGAUUCUGUAGAGGAAGAGACGGUCCAUGAUCACAAUAGUCCAAAGGAGGAGGACAUAAAUGACAGCCGACAUGAGGAGAAAGGCACAUAUCAAGUUGUAGAUUGUUUUAAUGAAAACGUGUGUAGUAGCAUUAAGGAAGAACCUAGUGAGGACAUCAUCUCUGUCAGCACAUGUGAAAAAGUCAAACUGGAAACUGACGUGAAAGCGAAAGACAAGCCCAAACUAAUGCACCCUAACAAAGACAGCAGCGUUUGGAAGCUCGACCAAGUGAGCGAGGAAGAGGAUAAUUUUUCUGACGACAUGGCCGAGGAGGAGGAGCUGAAGAGGCGAGCAAGGGAGCGUAAGCUGAGCCCAGAUGUAGUAGAGGAGAUGACCCUGGGAACAAAGGAAAGGAAGCCAAGUGAAGGAAGUAAGGAUAAAGAAGAGCUGCUCACUCUGGAUGACAUUUCUGACGGGGAGCUACAAACUCUGGUCACUCUGGAUGAAAUUGUAAUGGAGGAAGAAAAAAAGGUUCAACAGAAGACACACUCUCCCCGCCAACAUAGCGAGGAAGAUCAAUCAGAGGACUGUCUGAACGAUCAGACUUUGCUAACUUUAGACGGAGCAGGCGGCGAAGAUGAUUAUGACGACGAGGACGACGAGAAAAACACAGAGGCCAACACGGAUUUUGUGACCCUGGAUCAGGUGGGACAGGUUGAAGAGGCACAGUCGGAAGAAAUGACCCCGCCGAGCUGGAAGAGACGCAAACAAAGUCCUGAGGGGAGCACCAACAGAGGGAUAGAAGUGGUCUUAAAAGACCAUCCACCUACCUCCUCGCCAAGCGUCCACCAGGACAAAGAGAGGGAGGAGGACUUAGCUUUAUCUUUUAGACAGACUACAAUUGGGAGCAAAGGGGAGGCGGACAUUAUUGCUACAGAAACAAAGCGAGCACGUUCUCUGUCUCCAUAUGUUUCAACAAACUUUAAACUGCCAGCGUUCAAACCCAACAACCCUCUCGGUACAGAGUUUGUGGUGCCCAAACAUGGUUAUUUCUGUGAACUUUGCUCCAUUUUCUACCUAAAAGAGGGCACAGCCAAAGAAAAGCACUGCAGCAGUAAGAGACACUACAACAACCUGAAGAAAUAUUAUCAGCGUGAGCAGAAAUCGAGCGCAUCAACCCAAGGCUCCAUCUCUGACUGAGUUUCAAAAAAGGCCGCAAUUUUAGCGGCACUGUGGUUUACUGUGAUUGAAAACUUGUUUGUCUUACCUAAUUUGCAUAGUACAGUAUCACUUUACAUUUACUUUAGCCAGAGAUUUGUGAAAUCAUUAAAAAUUUACUCUGAA